GGGUUGCUCCUGAUCUGCUCAGACCUGCUCUGCCCUGAUUCGCGCAUCCAACGGCCAAUAUUUGCCCUGCUACGGCUCGUCCAUCGUCCAGCACUGAAGCAUGAAGAUCAUCACGCCUGCAAUUGCUUGCUUUGUGCUUGUUGGCGGCUCUCUUGCAAAGGGCAAGAGCAGUAUCCCCAGGCACCUUCGCGGCGUCGCCCCUGAUCAUCUCAAGGCAUACGAGUCCACCAACGAUCUUCGCUUUCUCUGUCUCGAUGGCUCCAAGCACAUUCCGCACGCCGCCGUGAAUGAUGACUAUUGCGACUGCAGCGACGGAAGCGAUGAGCCGGGGACAUCGGCAUGUAGCAACGGCCGAUUCUACUGCAUCAACCAAGGGCAUGUUGGAGCCAGCAUCCCGAGCUCCCGCGUCAACGAUGGCAUUUGUGACGAGGACUGCUGCGAUGGAACCGAUGAAUAUGCCAGUUCCGCCAGUUGCCCCAAUACAUGUUCUCAGCAGGCUCGCAUUGCUGCCGAGCAUCAAAAGAAGGAGUUCGAGUUGAAUAGCGAGGGUGCCAGGAUCAAGGCUGUCUAUCUGAGCGAGCGUGCAUCCAAGGUUGCCCAUCGGCAGAUCGAGAUUCCACAGCUCGAGGAGGGCAUCAAGGAGUCCAAGGCAGCCGUUGAGACGUUGAAAGCCCAGCUGGAGCAGCUAGAGGCCGCCCUCAAGGAAUACGAACCCCUUGCCCAGCCCGACUCUUUGAACAGCUGCCACGAGAAGCUGCAGCAGCUCCUCGGCUCCAUCGAGUUUGUCGAGAAGCAAGAUGCCGAGAGUCGAGCCAAGCAUCUCGAAAAGAUCUUUGAGACUAAGCGACAAGUCCUUCUGGAUACUGAGCUCCAGGAGGGGCAUGCCGAGUUGAACAGGCAAAAGAGUAUCGAUAUACAAAACGAGGUCCACCAACUCAAGGGACAGGUUCGCGCUGCCGAAGACAAGAUUCGCACUGACGAGAAUACGCUGAGGGAGCUCAAGCGUCUUGAUGAGUUUGAUUUCGGAUCCGAAGGUGUCUUCGAGGCCCUCGACAAGCAGUGCUUCAGCUACACUGCGACCGAAUACACAUACGAGUUUUGCCUGUUCAACAAGGCGUCGCAGAAGAAGGGUGGAGCCACGACCAAUCUCGGGAGCUUCAGCCGAUGGGCCGGCACAGAGCAUCAUCCAUAUACGCAGCUCAAGUUUGAGAAUGGCGAGCAGUGCUGGAACGGCCCAAAUCGGUCUUUGCAGGUAAACCUGGAGUGCGGCACCGAGAACAAGAUCGACAGCGUUGCCGAGCCCAACAAGUGCGAGUACGUUAUGAGAUUCCGGACCCCGGCCGCCUGCAAGCACGAGAGCGUCCCACACCACAAUUUGCCAUCGGGGGGUUCUCGCAAGCGUGAGGAGUUGUAGCGGCUGCCCACGUCGAUCCUGAGGCUGUUUCGGGGCCAUGGAUGCCUGACUGCAUCUCUGGGUUGGGCUGUAUGCAAGCACUGACCUGAUUGGCGAGAUGCGUGACGAGUGCUCCAGAGAAUACAGUCUUUUCCAUCCAGAAA